ACGUGGGAGAAGGUGUGUGGGUGGAGAAGGGCUGGCUCUGGGGACCGCUCAAGACAGGGAGAGGGAAGUCUGGAAUUGGAAGGCUGAAGGAUGCUCCAGACCUUGUACGACUACUUCUGGUGGGAACGGCUGUGGCUGCCUGUGAACUUAACCUGGGCUGAUCUAGAAGACCGAGAUGGACGUGUCUACGCCAAAGCCUCAGACCUCUAUAUCACACUACCCCUGGCCCUGCUCUUCCUCAUCAUUCGAUACUUCUUUGAGCUUUAUGUGGCCACACCACUGGCUGCCCUCCUGAACGUGAAGGAGAAAACUCGACUGCGGGCAGCCCCCAACCCCACCCUGGAGCAUUUCUACCUGACCAGCGGCAAGCAUCCCAAACAGGCCGAGGUGGAGCUGCUGUCCAGGCAGAGCGGGCUCUCCGGCCGCCAGGUGGAGCGCUGGUUCCGCCGCCGCCGCAACCAGGACCGGCCCAGUCUCCUCAAGAAGUUCCGAGAAGCCAGCUGGAGAUUCACAUUUUACCUGAUUGCUUUCAUCGCCGGCAUGGCUGUCAUUGUGGAUAAACCCUGGUUCUAUGACCUGAGGAAGGUUUGGGAGGGCUAUCCCAUACAGAGCAUGAUCCCCUCCCAGUACUGGUACUACAUGAUCGAACUUUCUUUCUACUGGUCCCUGCUCUUCAGCAUCGCCUCUGAUGUCAAGCGAAAGGACUUCAAGGAACAGAUCAUCCACCACGUGGCCACCAUCAUCCUCAUCAGCUUCUCCUGGUUCGCCAACUACAUCCGGGCAGGGACUCUCAUCAUGGCGCUGCAUGACUCUUCCGACUACCUGCUAGAGUCAGCCAAGAUGUUUAACUACGCGGGAUGGAAAAACACCUGCAACAACAUCUUCAUCGUCUUCGCCGUCGUCUUCAUCAUCACCCGACUGGUCAUCCUGCCCUUCUGGAUCCUGCACUGCACCGUGGUGUACCCACUGGAGCUCUACCCCGCCUUCUUCGGCUAUUACUUCUUCAAUUCCAUGAUGGGAGUGCUGCAGGCGCUGCACAUCUUCUGGGCCUACCUCAUCUUGCGCAUGGCCCACAAGUUCAUAACUGGAAAGCAGGUAGAGGACGAACGCAGUGACCGGGAAGAAACAGAGAGCUCCGAGGGGGAGGAGCCUGCGGCUGGGGGUGGAGCAAAGAGCCGGCCCCUAGCCAAUGGCCACCCCAUCCUCAACAACCACCAUCCUAAGAAUGACUGAGCAUUGUCCCUGCGCUCCGCUCAGAUUAAUGCGUAAAGCCAAGGAACUACCCCACCCUCCCCACAGGGUCACUAAGCUCUGGAGAGAAAGGAAGAGAGCCAGAGGAGAGUUCUCCUCUGCGCCCCCAUCCUCCCCGCUUGUCACCCAGUUGCCUUUCAACCAAACCCUAACCAGCCUGCCCCCUGGUCUCUACCUGGGGAGCCUGGUUACACCCUUUGUUAGAAGGGGGAUGGUCUCAUUUUCCGAGUUGUCCUUUCCAUCGCUUUCAAGCCCCCUCCUCAGCUCUGGGCACGGGGUUCACAACUCACAUUCCUCACACUUCGGAAUCUGGCCGUUUGCCUUUGACUCCCUGACCUCCAGAGCCAGGGUUGUGCCUUACUGUUCCACCUGUGGGCCUCUUUCUGCCAAAGCUGGACCAAGGCUCACCUUUCCAAGCUCCCUAACUUGGACCAGAAACCAAAGUUUUCCCUCCUAAGAUGCAAGUGAAUUGAGUGCAGGAAGGGGCACAUGACCCUUGCCCUGCCUCUGCCAAAAACGGGGGUGGGGGGCACCACACUGGGGACUGCGUGGACAGUCUGUGUUACUUCUCUGCCAGCUGUCCCUGCAGUCACAGGUCCAAGAUCUUACUGCCUCCUUUCUCUGGCCUCUUCCCCUAGGCUAGCUGGUUUGGAGUAGAAUGGCAAUUAGUUCUAAUUUCUUUUUAUUUAUUAAACAUUUGGGGUUUUGGUUUUAAAGCCAGAAUUACAGCUAGCACCUGACAUUUUAGCAGAGGGACCACGUCAGACCAAAAUGUACUGUUAAUGGUUUUUUUAAUUAAAAUAUAUUAAAGAUUAAGUAAAAGAUG